AUGGAGCUCGGGACCAUGAGUAGGUACAAGCCUGUGAACCCGGCUGUCUUCCCAACCUCACACCUGACUGUGGUGCUUCGGGUCAUCGGCAUGUUCUUUACUGCCUGGUUCUUUGUUUAUGGUGUCACACGCGACAUCUACAAAGAGCUCCUCAUCUCCUUAGUAGUCUCACUCUUCAUGGGCGUUGGAGUUCUGUUCCUCCUGCUCUGGGUUGGCAUCUAUGUCUGAGUCCCCAAGGGUACCCACCAGGAAGCUCACAAAGUCCUUGCUUUUGUAAAUUAAUUUUUUACCAUUGCCACAUUUGUCUGCCUGCUGUUUCCAAUAAAGACAGACGUA